AUGUUAGUGAAUAUAACAAUAAUUUUUGUAAAGGCACUUCUUCUAUGUUAUUGUAGGUCUUAGUAGGACAUAUCAGAAAAAUGCCCUAUUAUGAAAAUCUGUACAGUUGCAUUUGAAUGCAUUAUAAUUCACUGUGCUCAAAGGUAUCCAGUAUGCAGUUACCAUGGAACAGGGCUCACCAGACCACCCCUUCACAAAGUGGCCAGAAGUCCCAUUCCACAACAAACAGCCGCUAUGUUUAUCAGAAACAUGUUCAUUCAGACCCAAGACACUCCGAACCCAAACAGCCUGAAGUUUCUUCCUGGGCGUGUGGUGCUGGAAGCAGGGACUAUGGACUUCGCUGGACCUAGAGAUGCUUAUUGUUCACCCUUGGCAAGGCAGUUGUUCAGAAUAGAUGGAGUCAAGAGUGUCUUCUUUGGUCCCGACUUCAUAACCAUUACUAAGGCUGAUGGUCAAACAGAGUGGAUAGUGAUCAAACCGGACGUCUUCGCCACCAUUAUGGACUUCUUCACCUCUGGACUUCCUGUUGUCAACGAGGCAGAUGCUCCACGUGCCGACACAGCUCCUUCUGAGGAUGACGAUGAGGUGGUGGCCAUGAUUAAAGAACUGCUGGACACACGCAUAAGGCCCACAGUGCAGGAGGAUGGUGGUGACGUGUUGUAUCGGGGUUUCGAGGACGGUAUUGUAAAGCUGAAGAUGCAGGGUUCCUGCACCAGCUGUCCCAGCUCCAUCAUCACGCUGAAGAGCGGCAUCCAGAACAUGCUGCAGUUCUACGUUCCCGAGGUGGAAGGAGUCGAGCAGGUGAGGAUAGUCUGCUCAGAAAUGAGACCCUGUAAUACCUCCUAUGAUGUCACCAUAUUUGUAUUUCUGAAGUUCUACAAACCUUAG